AUGGUUCGUGUUUUCAGUCUCGCCGCUUUUGCGACGGCAACCCUCGCUUCGUGCACACAGGCCCAAGGCCUAGAAACCUGCCUUGAAACGGCCGGUCUCCUCACUUCGUUCCCCGAAACCAACGCCUCGUUCCCAACCGACAUCCUCCCGUGGCAGCGCCGCAUCGCCCCCACCCCGGCCGGCGUCGCCUGGCCGCGCACUACUGAUGAGGUCGCCGCCGCUCUAGCCUGCGCCCGGGAGGCAAAGGUACUCGUUGCGGCCCGUGACGGCGGCCACUGCUACGGCUCCUACAGUCUGCCCAAUGCCGGGCUCACUAUCAACAUGACUCAUUUCCAAGAGACCAACCAACUCUGGAAAGAGCACGGCGCCCGCUUUCCUCACGUUCGUGCCAACAUAGUCGGCCUCAUUGGCUCUUCCAUCGGAGGCGGCUUUGGCUCCCUAUCCCGCAUGCUCGGAACCCCCAUGGACUUCCUCGAGGGCGCCACCUACAUGCUCUACAACGGCACCAUCGUCGAGACCUCCCGUACCAAGAACCCCGAGCUGUUUUGGGCCCUACAAGGUGCUGGAAGCUCCUAUGGUAUCAUCUUGAGCCUCACCACCAAGACCUGGAAGCCCACGUACCAGCAGGCCAUCAACUACACCAUCACCCUCACCGACAGCUCCCUCUCCGCCGGUGUCGACUCCCUUCUCGCCAUCCAGGAGCACUACCUCUCCGGCCAGUGGCCCGACGAACUCACCAUGCGCUGGUCACUGACCGCCCCUCCCUACACCGGCUCCGGCUUCUAUUGGGGCAAACCCGAGGACUUUGACAAGCUCCUCGAACCCCUCAUGGCCAAGCUGCCCAACGGCACCCAGCUCACCCGCACCAACGGCUUCCAGCCUUUCAAGGACCAGCUCGCCGCCGAGGGCGUACCCCUGCGUGGCUUCGUGAACUACCGCGACACGGCUCUCACCGUUGAUCAGUGGAGUGAGCGCCUGUACGGCAAGAACUAUGCUAAGUUACAGGAGAUCAAGGCCGUGUACGACCCCGAGGGCAUGUUCACUGCUCACCCGCAGAGUAUCCCUCUCCCUGGUCAGCAGCCCCCUGCCGCCAUCAACUAG